AUACACUGUGCAGACAGUACAGGUGGAGGGAAGUAGUAAUAAUAUUGUUACAGUGAAUGGACUGAUGGCAAACACAACUUACAGCAUUACAGUCAGAGCCUAUCAACAAUUACUGGGACCUGCUAGUAGUGCAAUCAGUGUGCAGACUUCAUCAGGAGGUUAUUGUUCCAGUGAGUCUAUUGAUAGUGAUCAUGGUACAUUUGUGUGGCCUGAGACUGAUUCAAGCAUGAGGGCAGUAGUAGCUUGUCCUUAUGGUCCUAAUGGAGUAACAGUUAGUAGAGUGUGUACAAGUAAUGGCGGCUGGGAAUCACCUAAUGUGACAAGAUGUCUGACUGCAAUAUCCAGUGGAUUCAAAAACUUAUCAAAAGUUGACUUGACUACAGAGAAUAACAUAGCUGUGUUGAUGAGUUUGAAUGAACUUGUGAUGAAUUCAACUGAUAAUGAUCAAUCCAUUGAUAAUAUCAUAAUAGUAUCAAAUAUACUGAACCAAACUGCAAUAUUGAUAUCAGGCCAUGCUGGUUUAUCAACCUCUAACUUAACAAUGAUCACUGAGAACGCUAUACAAAUAUUGAAUAGUAUAGGGGAAUGGCCAAGCAUCACAAGAGCAGAAGGAAACCAAAUCAUUCAGUCAUUUGAGAGAAUAGUAGAUGCUGUUUUGAAUCAUAACAAUGACACUAAUGUAGACGUAGUUGAAAGUAACAUUGCCUUUGCAAUAAGAAAGUUUGCAAAGUUUAAUUAUAAUGGAUUUACAUUCACGACAACAGCUUCAAAUGGUUCAUUGAUGAUAGAUACUGAUGGUAAUUCUAUUGAUACUGAAAUAGGAUCAAUGACAAUACCAAAGAGCAUUCUCAGUGUCACAACUGAUGCUAAGAUAAAACUAGCAUUCUCUCUAUACAAUAAAUCAGCAUUCUUUCCUAUCAGAGAUCCUCCUCCUAAUACAAUAGUGGGAUCAUCAGUUAUUAGUGCUAGAAUUGCUGGAGUGUCUGAUGGUACUCAACUACCUGAUCCAGUAGUAAUCAAUCUUGCACUAAAGACAAAUAACUCUAGUAAUCCUUGUUGUGUAUCUACCUGA